AGUGUGCAAAGUCAGGAGAGUGGCUGAGUGUGCAAACCCGCGAGAGCGACUCUGAAUGCAAAGCCGGGAGAGUGGCUGUGUGCAAACCCGUGAGAGUGGCUGAGUGUGCAAGCUGGGAGAGCGGCUCUGAGUGUGCAAACCGGAGCAAGGGUGUGAGCGACUGGGUGUGCAAACCCGAGCAGGGGCGUGAGCGGCCGAGUAUGCAGAUGCAAGCGAGGGCCCCGAGUGUGCAGACGCUAGCAGGGGCGCGGAUUGGGGCCCUGUGCACCCGGAGCACUCCAGAGACCAAGCUGCAGUCAGGAAUAUCUCCGUGGAUUCCCAGGACUUACUUCACUAGAAGCAAGAUGGCUGAACUAAACACUCAUGUGAAUGUCAAGGAAAAGAUCUAUGCUGUUCGAUCAGUUGUUCCCAAUAAAAGCAAUAAUGAAAUAGUCCUGGUGCUGCAGCAGUUCGAUUUUAAUGUAGAUAAAGCAGUACAAGCCUUUGUGGAUGGCAGUGCAAUUCAAGUGCUAAAAGAAUGGAACAUGACAGGAAAAAAGAAGAACAAUAAAAGAAAAAGAAGCAAGUCAAAGCAGCACCAGGGCAACAAAGAUGCUAAAGACAAGGCAGAGAAGCCUGAAGCAGGGCCCCUGCAGCCACCGCCACCACCACCACAAAUACCAAAUGGCCAUGUGAAUGGCUUUGAAAAGGACAGCUCCUCCCCCGAUUCUGCCAGUGAAAAGCCUGUCCUUCUCCCUCGUGAGAAAAAGAUCUCAAUCCUUGAGGAGCCUUCAAAGACAUUCUGUGGGGUCACAGAAGGCAACAGACUACUGCAACAGAAACUCUCUUUAGAUGGAAAUCCCAAGCCUUUACAUGGAACACCAGAGAGGUCAGAUGGCCUACAGUGGUCAGCUGAGCAGCCUUGUAACCCAAGCAAGCCUAAGGCAAAAACAACUCCUGUUAAGUUCAAUGCCCCUGCAGCUCAUCUGGAAAUAAAGCCAGAUGAGCUGGCAAAGAAAAGAGGCCCCAACAUUGAGAAAUCAGUAAAGGAUCUGCAGCGCUGCACCGUGUCUCUGACUAGAUACCGUGUCAUGAUCAAGGAGGAAGUGGAUAGCUCUGUGAAGAAAAUCAAAGCUGCCUUUGCUGAGUUACACAACUGCAUCAUCGACAAAGAAGUGUCACUAAUGGCAGAAAUGGAUAAAGUUAAAGAAGAAGCCAUGGAGAUCCUGACGGCUCGCCAGAAGAAAGCAGAAGAACUGAAGAAACUAACCGAUCUAGCCAGUCAGAUGGCCGAGAUGCAGCUGGCCGAACUCAGGGCAGAAAUUAAGCACUUUGUCAGCGAGCGUAAAUAUGAUGAAGAGCUUGGAAAAGCUGCCCGGUUCUCCUGUGACAUUGAACAGCUAAAGGCCCAAAUCAUGCUCUGCGGAGAAAUUACACAUCCAAAGAACAGCUACUCAUCACGAACUCCAUGCACCUCCCUGCUGCCCUUGCUGAAUGCUCACCCAGCGAGCUCUGGGAAGCAGGGUAACUUUCCCCGGAAAUCAUCCAGCCACACUAAGCCCUCUGAAGGCAAAGCAGCGAACCCUAAGAUGGCAAACAAUCUUCCCAACACUGCCGACACCUCUCACCAGGCCAUGCCGGUCAACAAGCAGAAUGGGUCUUCUAGCCAAAGACGAAGAUUUAAUCCACAGUACCAUAACAGGCUAAAUGGAGCCACCAAACCACAGGGCAGUGGUAAUGAAGGUGACCCAAUGGGAAAAGGCAACAACCGCCAUGAACACAGAAGACCACCACACAAUGGCUUCCGCCCCAAAAACAAAGGUGGUGGCAAGAAUCAAGAGGCUACUCUGGGGACAAAGACCCCCGAAGCAUCAGCCCAUCCUGAAAAGCCCCGGCGAAGGCAGCACACUGCAGACAACUCAGAGGCCAGGCCUCUGCGGGGCAGCGUCUCCAGGGUAUCCCAGUGCAAUCUCUGCCCCACGAGAAUAGAAGUGUCCACAGAUACCACUGUCCUCUCAGUCCCAGCUGUGACAUUGGUGGCCUGAGCUAGAAAGGAAAGAAAUAAAAAGCAGUUUCCACUUGGUUUUGGUUACCUGUCCAAGGUGCUGACCCAAUUCGCUGCCAAAAGAGAGUCAAUCAGCAUAUACAAACCCUAUAUGGUUGUGUCAUCCUCUCUUAAUCAUUUUUACUAAUUCUGAUAAUCAGCUCUAGCUUGCUUCAUCACUUUCAUGGCUUUGCUUGAUCUGUUGAUGCUUUUCUCAUCGAGACAUUGCAGUAUUUUAGCCAGGCAAUAUUUACCCAAGUGUUAGGCAAACCAAGAUGUGGCCAAGGACCAGAGGCUCAGUAGCGACCUAUGUUGUAGCUGUGAUGUCAGUCCAUUGAUUGUCUUUAGAGAGUUAAUGUUGAAAAAAAAAUUCUUACUGAUCAGACAAACAUGAUCUGCUGAAGACACGUGUGCUUUUGUAGACUUUAACAUCUCGUGUUUUUCUGGAAAAAAAAAUAUAUAUACAUAUAUUCCUUUAUUUGAAACAAAUUAAAAUAUGCUGCAUUUGA